AGUCACUAGUGACUACUCUACACUGAGAGAAGACAAGAGACAGGGAGAGCAGUCAGCAGCAGCAGUAGUCUCAAUCAUAGUCUUUGAAAAUCCAAUAUUCGGAUCCUAUUCGGGUCCUACACAUUCAACCCGCAUUUUAACUCACCUCACCCACUCGCUGACACACUAUUUACAAUCCAAUAUAUACACUGAUUAAUAGUAGAUUACUCACAACCAUCAUCAUGACUACUACUACUACAAUGACGACUAUGGAAGAAGAAGAAGAAGAAAACGAUGACGCUGAAAUACAACACGUUUUUGUUGCUCAUGAAAUUGAUCUCGAUUACGAAUUUGACGCUGCUCGUUUCUUCGAUUUCACUCGUCCUGAAUCUUCUUUUGAAUCUCAUCAAGCUCAACUUUGGUUUCAAACUGCCCCAAAUUACCCUCCUUCUCCUUUUGUUACGAAGUUAGCGGUGAGAGAAGAAUUUGAAUUGGAUGUUGACCGGUCAACGAAAUUGAAGAAUGUUGAAUGUGCUAUGAGUAAUAUUGAUGAUGAUAAAGAAGAAGCUGGUCCUACUACUGUUUCUUCUGCGAUGGAAAUUUCUGACAUUGUUGACGGUCACACCUAUGGCAGCAAACCAAUCGGUAACAGUUUGAAUUCUAAUUUUAAACCUGAUGUGCCAAAGGGUUCAACAUUAAUGAAACCUACAGCUACUCAGUUGUCUAGGCAAAAUCGCCCAGCUAAAAAUGUUGGUUCAAGAUUUCGGAAGCAACUAGCUCAGAAGGAAAUGAAUUUAUCCACAUCCUCUGGAGUAGAAAGCCAAGCUGCCAAACGGCAAAAAUUAGAGGGUGGUCAUUUGUGCAAGGUUACUGAUACGAAGCAGCAAACUAAUUUUGUGCACAAGAAACCUAUGAGGGCUGUCACUGUUGAGCAAAACUCUGCAUGUUCCAAGCUGAAGCUUACUAUUCCAAGAGAGCCGGACCUAAAGACAGCACACAGAGCACAAAGGAUAAGACCCAAAAUUGUUGGAGAGGCAGAGCACAUGACAGUGGCCGCCCCCAGGUUCAAAGCUCGUCCAUUGAAUAGGAGGAUUCUCGAGGCUCCUUCAUUGCCACUUCCCAAAAGGAGCACUCCGCACUUGCCAGAAUUUCGAGAGUUUCACUUGAAGACUACGGAGAGGGCUAUGCAACACACAUCUGCUACCUCAUCUUCACAUCACUCCAAUGAUUCUGAUAAGGGUUGGGACAAGCAUACUUCUGUUUCUGCUCUUGAACAUAAAAUCAAGGAUGCCAGAAGGCCUGCUGCUAUGGGUGCCCCAAAGCAUGAUGGACUGGGUUUUACUCAUAUUUUUAAAGCUCAACCUCUUAAUAAGAAGAUACUAUCUAGUAAAGAGCAUGCUGGUGCUUUACAUACCAACAAGGAAACAACAGUGCCAAUGGAAUUUGAUUUACAUGCUGAAAAGGGGAUUCAGCAUAACCCUCCCAUUGAACUCUUUAGCAAGUUGUCUCUGACAUCUGAAGCCCAGCCAAAUAAUGGAUCUCAUUUCAAACUGCCUCAACAAUCCAGAAUGUGCAGAAAGGGCAAGGAUUCAAAAGAAAAUAUAUUAAAUUCUUUUCGUCUGGACCAAGAGGAGAAGCCUUUUACUUUCGGGGCAAAGCAAAUUCAUCAUGGGAAUGGUGGUUGCCACAGUCUGUUAAGUGCAAGGAGGAGCCUGGGAAUUCGGUGACAGUAAGAGGGAAAUGUGCAACCAGCUUUGUUAUGGGCAUAUGACUUGAAGUUUUGUUGCUGAUGUAUGUGAAGAUUGACGGUACAUAGUUGAAUCUGACAGAUGGCUAACUCUUUUCUGAUGAGAGAUGGUUCUUACUGUAAAAAGAAUCUUAGAAAAGUUUAGAAAUUAACAUGUCCAGGUGCAUAGCUUGUAUUUUACUGAUCUUGAUCAUAGAUUCAUAAUCAUUAAUCGAAAAAGUAAAUCAUUAAAGGCAAGUGUUCCAUUGUCCUUAA